UUGACGCCAUUUUCUAUCUGUAUUUGGACGCCGAGUACUUAUUGCCGUCACCGAAACUUAAAAUUUUUAUUGUAAUUAUAAAUUUGUACUCUCAACGAAGAAUUAAUUAAUUGUUCGAUAUUUUAUGUAAGCAAUUUAUUACAAAAAGCUUAUUUUGUAUAUGAGUGUUUUUUCUUUAAUUAAUUGUGAUGUACUGAACGUCAUAGUUUCUAUCGAAUAUAGUGUAUAUUGAUUGUCGCAUAAAUGGCUGCGAACAACUAUUUUGGAUUCACCCACGGCGGCACCCAAUACGCUACUGCUACUGGUUAUCAAGCACCUCCACAACCAGGAUAUGCAGUUCCGCCUGCAACUUAUACUACUCCACGGGCUGCUGCUACUGCUUAUGAUGUAGCAUCGUAUCAAACUGCUGCAGCAACACAAUCUGCUGCCUAUGCAAAAGCUGCUUACAACAGUGCUGCUGCUUAUGACACAAGACAAAAUACUUACCCACCACAACAAACUUAUCAAACUCAGCCUCAGUAUGCUCCAUAUCAAGCAGUUACCACCUAUACCACUGGUGUUAUUGCCAAAAAACCAUGUCAAGUGAAUGCAGCUGCUUAUGCUACAAGUUCAGCUAUGCAACAAAAAGUGACUUAUCCUAUACAACAACCUGUUCCAGUUACUCCUAAUCAAUCAGUAACUAAAGCAUCAACUGUACCUGGGUAUGAGGCAGCAGUUUAUUCAAAUACUAAUUUUCCAACGCAAAAUCAAAAUCAAAUACGUCCUAAUAAUGCUCAGAAAAGACAAAACUGGUUUAAGAAAAAUACAUCUGGAUUUGCUGGGGGUGUUAAAGGUGGUAAUAGGAUAAAUUUUGCUAAUAGAUCUCAAGAAAUCCAUUAUUGUGAAGUUUGUCGUAUAAGUUGUGCAGGAACACAGACUUACAAAGAACAUCUUGAUGGACAAAAACACAAAAAGCGUGAAGCUAAUGCUAAGCUAUCUGUUACUACUACUAGUAAACCAUCUAAUAAUCCUGCCACCAAAGUCUUUCAUUGUGAUUUAUGUGAUAUUUCUUGCACUGGUGCAGAUUCUUAUGCAGCUCAUUUAAGGGGAUCUAAACAUCAAAAAGUUUAUAACUUGCAUACUAAACUUGGAAAACCAAUUCCACCACCUAAUGAGGAUACAGCAGUUAUUUCUAAAAUAGCAGCUCCUAAAGUGAAUUUCAUUCCUGCUGGAAAAUUGGGUUCAGUUGCAAAAGUAGAAGCAAAUGUUUCUAUGAUGGCCCCUCCUAUAAAAAUAGAACCUAAACCUGUGACACCCUUAAUGGCUAAUAACAUUUCUGCAAAUGAUUCCAAUGAUGUAUUAUUAGUUGGAAUGGAGUAUAUUGAAGAAAUCAAAGAUGAGACAGGUAAAAUGGUGAGCUUUAAUUGCAAACUAUGUGAAUGUAAAUUUAAUGAUCCAAAUGCUAAAGAGAUGCAUAUGAAAGGUAGAAGACACAGACUUUCUUACAAGAAAAAAGUUGAUCCCAGUUUAAUAGUUGAAUUAAAACCCAGUUGGUUUGAAACUCGUAGGAUGCAAAAAGACAAUAAGAAUUCUCAUGAAGGUGCUAGAGUUAGAGAUGACAGACCAAACUUUUGGGUUGAUCGUUUCAUGGAAAUGGAUGAUCGGUAUUCAUGGGAUGAUCGAAGACGAUAUCAGGAAGAAGUUGAGUAUUAUGAUUGGUGUAGAACUGUUGGUCCUAGAGGGUUAGGUAUGGGUCCACCACCUCUUUUUGGUCCACCAGCAAUGAUGAAUGCUCGUCCACCUCCACCUCACAUGGUUAAAUUUGGCAUGAGACCACAAAUACAUAAUUCAAUGCGUCGCUAUGAUACUGUAGAUGACAAGCAUAUUAUGGCAAAACAUUCCAGUCUUUUCCCUAAGCAAACAUCUUUAAAAACAUUACAAAAAGCGAUUUCAGACACUGAAAAAGCAUUAAAACUGGUUGCUGAAGAUUUAACAAAUACAAAAACUUCAGAGAAUGAUAAUGAUACUCAAGAUUCUGAAAAUCUAGAGACUACUAAUAAAGAAUCACCUGGAAAAAAACUUCCGACUUCUAAAGAGGAUGGUCGAGAUGGAUCAAUGUUUACUUUCACUAAUGAAAAAGAUGAUACAAAACUACAAAAAGUUAUGACUGGUUCAAUGCGUGUAGGAGCUCUUUCAAAAGGUUUACUUCUAAUUAAUGAAAAUGAAGUAGAUUUGGUCAUAGUAUGUUCAACACAUCCUACCAUACCAUUAUUAAAUUCUAUUACUGCUGUUCUACCAGAUAAAUUAAAGAUAGUUGCUAAAGAUGAUGCAUAUACUGUGAAUAAAUAUGAAACUGAAGCUAAACUGACUGUUGAAAUAGUUUUAGAAGAGGAGAAAUUUGUUGUGAAUGUUUUAUUUACUUCGCCAAUAGUAAGAGAAGCCAUUUUAAAUGCUGCCGAAGGAGAAAGCGAACAGACGGAACCAGUGGCCAUUGUGCCUGGCGAACACGUUUUGGACAAGUCAAAAUGUUUGGAAGCAUUGGCUGCUAUCAGGCAUGCCAAAUGGUUUCAGGCUAGAUUAGCAACUAUAGCUAAUGGACCAUUGAUUAUUCGUAUUUUAAAAGAUUUCAUCAAAAGAGAACUUCAGUGGAAACCAUUUACGUCAUGGAUGUUGGAAUUAUCUGUUGAACGUAUUUUAAGCAGUGCUUUUCCACUUAAUUCACCAAAUGCAGCUGGUGGAUUAAGUCCUGCUGAAUCUUUAAGGCGUUUCUUUGAAGCUAUUGCAAGUGGUGCAUUGUUACCAGGUGCUACUGGAAUUCAUUUGGUGGAUCCAUGUGAAAAAGACCCUGUUGAUGCUUUGGCUCCAUUAACAGUGCAAGAACGUGAAGAUAUAACUAUGUCAGCUCAGAAUGUGUUACGUUUAUUGGCAUUCCGGCAAGUUAAUAAAGUAUUAGGAAUGGAAUUGUUACCUAUCAAACAAUCACGAUAUACUCGCAAACGUCGACGUGAAGGAUCUACUGGGGAAGGAAAUGAGGCAGAAGAUGGUGACAAUAAGAAAAAAGAUAAAAAAGACGAUAUCACUGACUCUAUUACUAAUCCAAGUGUUGAAAUUAAAAGUGAAGAUACUUCAAAUGGUGUUGGAGAAACAGAUAUGGACACUGAAAAAGUUGAUGUUAAAUAAUGAACUCUAUAAAAACUAGUCUUGUAAAUUUAUCUAUUCUAUUUGUAAUCAUAACGAAUUUUUAAUUUAAUAUCUAUAUAAAAAAAUGUAUUCAGAUAUUUGACUAUUCUUUUCCAAUGUGACAAUUUACAUGAUUUUAAGUGCUUGUUAAUUUGUAUUACUUUGGUUUGCAUUUUGUAAUAAUGCAUGUAAAAAUAGAGUUUUUGUAUUUACACUA